AUGGAGCGGGCCAGGAACCUCAUACUCCUGAGACACCACGUACCAGAGGUGCAAGUCCAAGUCAAAUGCAGGACAGCCUCAUUGAACAACCAAGGCUGUCAUCUGUGCCUGAGACAAUCUCAGCAGCAGCCAGUACCUGUGGUGGAGUUCCAGGUGGAACUGAGACAGGCAUUUUUAGCUGAGACACCAAGAAGUGGCUAA